CUCCGUCACUGAUGUACUACCACAUGUACACGGCAUUAUUGGCUUCAAAAGACGUGCGUUUCUACAUGGUCGAAGCGCAUUUGCACCGACACAACACCAAACAAAAACACUUCGCCGGCAGGAUGGAUGGCCAACAUAAAGACAGACGAAUGACUAAUUUGUGGAUAUUGACGUUAAUUUUAUGCGUUUAACCUGCAUUACUGGAUAACAAGGUUUUUUCGACUUCUGCUGGUUACGGAAUCGUGGAGCUGGGUCUCGUCCUAAAGGCUUUUGAAUAAGGAUAUAUUUAUUUAUCUUUUCCAUUUAUCGAAUUCCCCAUCAACACUUGGAAUAGGAGCUGUUUGGAGAGAACAGGUUACUUUUGAAAGGAUACGCACAGCAACUCUGAAGAAUGGCACUUUGGUUUUCCAUUAUCGUCGCAAUUAUUAUAGCCAUAUCUACGCAGGUUCGGGGAUCUGGUGUAUUCGAGCUUGAUCUUCAUCAGUUUCAGAAUAGUAGAGGUUUGCUGGCGAAUGGAAUUGCUUGCAGCCCUGCCUGUAGGACUUUUUUCCGUGUGUGCUUGAAAAAUUAUCAGAACGUCGUGUCACCUGGGGACUGCAUCUUCGGCCAAGCUAUCACACCUGUACUGGGCACCAACUCCUUCGGCGUAAUGAGGGAUGGGCUCAGUGAACCAAUUCGUCUGGCGCUCAACUUCGCAUGGCCGGGUGCGUUUUCAUUAAUAAUUGAAGCCUGGCAUUCUCCAUCAGAUGAUCAACCUGAAGACACCACCAACUCGGAUUUAUUGAUAAAUUAUUUUGCCAUGCAAAGAAAGUUGGGAGUGGGGCAGGAUUGGUCCCAGGGCGUGCAGAGUGGGAAGCAGACGGAGUUAAGGUACUCAUACCGGUUCAUCUGCAAAGAAAAUUACUACGGGGACAGUUGUUCCAAAAUAUGCGUUCCGAGAGACGACCGUUUUGGCCACUACACCUGCAACACUGAAGGGCAAAUAUCCUGCCUGCAAGGCUGGAGGGGAGAAUACUGCGAAGAACCGGUCUGCCUUGAGGGAUGCAGCACAAAGAAUGGAAAUUGCUCACAGCCAGGGGAGUGCAACUGCAGAGAGGGCUGGCAGGGCACAUUCUGUGAUGAGUGUAAACGGCAUCCGUCCUGUAAACACGGCACCUGUGUGCAGCCCUGGCAGUGCGCCUGUAAGGAGGGCUGGGGAGGCCUGCUGUGCGACCAAGAUCUGAACUACUGCACCCACCACAAGCCCUGUGCUAAUGGCGCCACCUGUAUGAACACGGGCCAAGGAAGCUACAGCUGCACCUGCCGUCCGGCAUUCACAGGGGUCAACUGUGACACGGAGGUCAGGGAGUGCGACAGCAAACCCUGCCACAAUGGAGGCCGCUGCCUGGACGUGGAGAAUGGCUACAGGUGUGUGUGCUCACAAGGGUUUGAGGGGAGGCAGUGUGAAACCCGGGUGCUGACCUGCGCUGACUCCCCCUGCUUCCAUAACGGGGAGUGCAGGGAGAGAAACAGCGGGCGCAGCUACCUGUGUGACUGUCCCAGGGGCUUCACCGGACUCAACUGUGAGAAGAAAGUGGACAAAUGUACCUCACUGCCUUGUACAAACGGAGGGCGCUGUGUUAUCUCCGGUAACAUCCGCCAGUGCAGCUGCAUCUCUGGUUUCACCGGCCCGCGCUGCGAGAUCAACAUCAACGAGUGUGCCGGCAACCCCUGCGCCAACGGAGCCACCUGCGUCGACCGCAUCAACGACCACACCUGCGUCUGCCCGGUGGGGUACGCAGGCCGCGACUGCAGCAGGGUGUCUGACCGCUGUGCCUCCGCGCCGUGCCUGAACGGAGGGACCUGCAGUGGGGGAGCCAGAGGCCAGCCGGCAGCCUGCGUCUGCCCCCCACGUUACAGCGGCUCCCAGUGCCAGUACUACAAAGUGCCUUUAGUCAUCACCCCCAGCCCCAGCCCAGACACGGGGCCCAGGCAGCAGCUGCGCUGGGACACCGUGUGUCUGGGCGUGGGCCUGGUGGUGGUCCUCCUGGUCAUGCUCGGUAUGGUGCUUGUGGGGCUGCGCCACGUCCAACAGCAGAAGAAGAAGGAGCGCGACGCCAAGACCAUGAACAACCUGUCGGACUUCCAGAAUGAGGUCCUCCUUCCUACGCUCCAGGUGAAGAACACCAACAAGGAGGUGGACCUGGAGGUGGAGUGCCCUCCUGAGAAGUUCAACCACAAACACGUCAACUAUCACCUGGACUACACAACCUCCAAGGUGUACAAGGAUGACAAUUUUAGUGCGGAGAAAGAUGAAAACUGUGAAAAGGCGAGAGAGGAGAAGAUGUCGUUGGGCAGAAUAUACAAUGAAAGGCUGCAGUGUAGAAUAUCAACGAUAUGUCCUCUGAGAGAUUCAAUGUACCAGUCUGUGUUUGUAAUAGCUGAGGAGAAAAAUGAGUGUGUCAUAGCAACUGAGGUAUGAUACAUGGAAGGUAUCGCUCUGUCGAGAAAGUGGAUAUCUUCUGCACUGUUUACAGGUGUGGAAAGACUGGGAUUUAUUUAACUGCAAUUUGCUGCUCUUGAAAAACUUGAUAACUGGACCGAGCCUGUGAGCUCUAUGAAUGCAAUAGGACCUACCAACCUUCGUUAGAAUGUAAGGAUGAAACGGACUGAAAAAUAAUACACAAAACAGACUCGCACGUUUGACCUUUGGUGUGAUUAUUAGGUUCAAGCCCUUGACAGACUUAGUCCAAGUGCAUGUUUGGAAAACAGGCCUCUGUGUUCAUGCUUGUCUGCUCUGCAGCAGAACGAGAGGAUUGUGUUUGAAGACGCUACGCAUAAUUGAGAUCAUGAGCAGCAUCCAAUCAACUACUCGCCACUAAGCCAGCAGAAGUGAGCUUCUAUUAUUAUUCCACCCUGGUUAAGUGGGGAAAACUACUGGAAACGGUUCAUUUUUGGGGGGGAACAUUUUAGAACUUUGUCCAUUUGUAAAUGGCCUUCUUUUUUUUUUUACUUGGAUAACGAAUGUAUGAAGCCCAAAUCACACAGCCUUAAGGAUGGACUUACAAGCAACUACAAAACAGCCCAGUCUCUUCUUGAAAACUUUGCACAAUUAAUAAAAAGAGUUAAAUAGAAAAAUUGAUGCAAUACUUGGUGCAGUGCCAGAUAAUUCAAGAUGAAGCUCUGUUAACUUGUCAUUAUGCAACACUGCCCAAUAACAAACAACACCAAGGACGCCUUUAAUCGAAAUUACUGAACCAAUAAUGUUAUUUUUAAGAUUAGCAUUUCACUAGAUAUUUAAUA